UCGAUAGUAUCCCAGCUCUAAAAGAAGCAGCAAAGUGGAGAAAUUUUCGGAGACGAUUGUUUAUGUGCGACGCGAAAGUAGAAAAACGUUGAUUUUUUAUAAUUUAGUUUUUAUUUAAAUUUAAAUCUUCUUGCUAAACGAUAAAGCAAAGUGUGGAUCUAUUGAAAAUAUCUUAAGCAGCUUAAAGCAAAUAAAACAUUUGCAUUUAAAAUUGGCAUACAAUUAAGCGCAAAUAUUGAACUAAAAAAGAACUUUAACGUACACUUAUCGCAGUGAAAAGAAAAAUAUGAAGUGCGUGGAAAUAAAUAUUAAAAAAAAAAAUCAGCUAAAAACUGAGUGCAGUAAUUAAAAAGACGCUAAAGUUAAAAAAAAAACGAACGUUUAACACGAAAAAGCUGUAGGCUAAGCCAAAGCCAUUGGCUGUACAUGCAAGCAUACAUUGUGUUGUUGCGCUUGCGUUGUUAUUGUUCUUGUUAGAAGGGUGCACUAAUUCCCUGCCACUAACACACACGCUCAAGAGCAUUAGUUUAAAAGCUCGCAACGCCCAUCACCAUCAAAAAUGGCGCCCACAACAACAAUUGAAACCAUUACAAUCACAAGGCCAUUGAAGGUCAUUGCAUUUAUAUGUGGUGUCAUCGUUGUCAUACUGAUGAUCAUGGCAUUAGCUUCCACGGACUGGUUAAUGGCUGCUGGCUGGCGUCAGGGUCUCUUUGUGCACUGCAUUGAGGAAGAUGUUGAAUCGCCGCUGCCAUUCAAUCUACAUGAUCCGCCGGGUUGUUAUGCUAGUCGUGAUGUGGCUUACAUCAAAGCCACAGCUGCUCUAUGUAUAAUCACAUUGAUAACUGAUGUGAUUGCCACCAUACUCACUGGCCUGGGUUUGAGAACACAAAAUCACAAUGUCAAAUACAAAUUCUACAGAAUCGCUGUGCUGGUGAUGCUGUUAUCAUUGUUGGCUGUCCUGUCUGCGCUGAUAAUAUAUCCAGUAUGUUUUGCUGGCGAACUCAAUUUGGCGAAUCGGCCAAUUUGGGAAUUUGGUUGGGCCUAUGGUGUUGGCUGGGGUGCAGCUAUCUUCCUAUUCGGCGCCGUUGUGCUACUGCUAUGCGAUAAGGAAUCGGAGGAGAUCUAUUAUAAGGAGAGAAAAAUUGUACAUGAAAACCAUAUGCGCGCCUAGGCCAGGCCGCACGACCUGCCUGACGUCGUUCUUUAGACAUUUAAGUAAAUUAUGCGAUUUCUACUGAUAUAAUACUACUAAACUACUACUAUUACAAAGAACAACAAUAUCUAUAAAUCAGCAAACAAACAACAGUAAAUCGUAAAGUUUAAAAAAUGAACGAGGAAAACAAAAAGUAUACAAAAUUAUAAGAAGUGUGUAAUAUUGUCAUCAUUGCCGCCAAUCAACAUACUAGACAGAAACAACAAUGCUGAAAUUGGAAGAAAGCAGUUUAACUAAUUUAACACAGAAUCCCAACACAUACGAAUACAAAAACACAUACAAACAAAGUACAUAUACACGUGCAGCCUUUGUAGAUUGUCAGGUGCUGUAACGUAGCUUUUUUUUUAAAUAUCUUGUGUGAUAAAGCUACAAAAUGUGGUGUAUUUCUCUGUGGAAAUUUGUUGACCGCUAAAUCAAAAAUACUUAGGUGCAUAUCAAAUUCAAAUGUAAAUCAAAACUGAAUUUCGCAAGCGCUAAAACUUGGCAGUAGUUUCGAAUUUUACUGACACGCGUUGUCGGCGCCACCGCGGUUAAGGUGUAAAACACGCAUAUGAUACAUAUUUGAGCUUGAAUAGAACACACGAUACACACAAACACACUCGAAUAUUCACAUACAUAUUUUUUGGCAUGCUAAUGAGCUGAUAUCAUUUGUAUAACCAAUUUUAACAAGUACAUAUAACAACAUAAAUGUAUUCAUGGUGAUCGUAUUUAACCGUUUAGCAUUUCAUAGUUACCUACAAGCGUACUAUAUCUACACAUAUGUAUAUUCAUCUAUAAUCGACGUACAUUGCAAUUAUGCACUUGCAUACAUAUAUAAACACACACAUAAGCAUACUAUGUAUUCAUACAUUUGCUAAUGUCUUCGAAAAUGCAUAGUUGCGCACAGAAAUUGUAUCUCAUAUAUGUAUAUGUAUGUCUUAUAACUUUUUAGUUGACCACCCACUUGACCUAAAAUCAUCUACAUGCAUUCCUUACUUUGUAUUCUUUUAUUUGCUUCUUUAUUGGUGUAACUUCCCACGACAAAAUGUAAAAAAAAAAACAAGUAAAUUAAUAUCAAACGUACGAAAAAUGUAAGAAAUUCUAAUUAAAUGUAAGCGUAAAAAAUUGUAGCAAAACAAGCAAAAUGAAAACAAUUAAAAAAGUGUUGCUAUGUAUUAAAACACAUGUAAAACGUUUAAAGCAACAAACUAUUAUAAACGAAAAUCUGGAAAAUUAAUGUAAAGUCACGCUCAUGGACCUACCAAUGAAUCGAACGAAUCAAUCCAACGACGAUGAAUACGUGAACCAAAUCAUAUACCCACAUACAAUACUUAUAGUCACAAGUAACUUUUUAUAAACACAUAUUUACAUGUACACACAUAUACACUUAACAUACAUAUAUAUGUAUAUUCAUACAAACAUUUAUUCUUACAUACUCCCGCACAUAUGCUCAUAUAUACAUACAUACAUAUAUACAUCUUGAAGAAAUUGCAGGCAGCUAUAAAAAAAAAUGCAUAUGACUAAGCAGAAAAAUAUGAUGCUUCCCUCACAUUGACUUUAAAUUUAAAGCGAGUGAUAUUAUUAAUUUUCAUUAGUAAUUUGUUUAAAUCUUUACAAACGACAAAUUUCGCUAAUGGUUCGCUAAUUAGAUGCCAAACAUUUUGUUACUUGGCAAAACAGAAGUGCAAGUAGUCCACACACCGGGUCUGCUAGCCCCUGAGAAAUGGUUUUUAUGCUAAAUAAUUAUGCUUCCACAAAUAUGAUAUUAAUUUUAAAAAAUAAUGCUAUCCUUUGAAAUUACUCAAAAGCAUAACACCAUAUCUCGAAUACAUAUUUAAUGUUGUAACUGAAAUUAUAUAGGGGAUACUCGGUGAAAUCGACACAUUGGCGACUGCUUAAAUGUUGAACAGCCACAACAUAAAUCGUACAUACUUACACAUUAUUUGUACACUUUUAAAUGCAUAUUUUCCCUUUAAUAAGUUCAUAUGUUUUGAAUUUCUUUUUACACACUAAAACGAGUAUGUCGCUAAAACCAUAUUUGAUGCCUUGUUGUUUUUGUUUUCUCGAAAUAUUCUACUACAUACUCGAAUAACCCCAUGAACUGAUUUUUUUUUUUGCGUUAUAAACUGCGAAAUAUUUACUUAUUUACUUAUAGGCCGGUGAAAUCUAUUAUUUUAAUCAGAGUUAAAACAAAAUAUUGAGACAGCUUUUUCUAAAGCCCAAUUGGCAAUGUACCAAUGCGAAAAAAAAACAAACAUACUAAAUACCUAAUAGGAAGAUUAUUGUUUUUUUAUUGUUGUUCUCUUUUUUGUUUAAUAUAUGCAACUAUUUUCUCUUUGUACAAGCUAAGUUAAUAAGAAAAAGUAAAAAAUAAUUACAUUUAAAUGUAUUAAUUACAAAUGUAUAGCAGAUUUAGUUAAGUCUGUUAAAUUGUUUUUUUUUGUCGCCAGCACAUGCCUUUUGCGUGGUAUAUUUACACUUCCAUAUGUAUGUACAUAUGUAAGUAUAUACAUGUGUAUAACUGACUAGUCUGUCUUACGAAAUUUUUUUUAUCACACUUUGUCCUGAAAAUUAAAUUAUUAAAAGUAUCCCAAACCCAUUGUACCAUUAUUAAUUAAUUAUUGUACCAUGUCCCAAGCCUACGUUUUUCGUACAAACGUUUUUGUUUGGAAAACAAAUUUAGAACAAAGCCUCAAAAUCAAGAAGUAAAUUUAACUUUUGCUCAAAAAAAGUUUAAAAGUUUUAAUAUUGUCACUAUAUUCUAACAAUGUCCGUUUCCGAUAGCGCUUCAGUAAGCCAUACUUGUUUGGUAAGACAGACAAUUAUUUAACGAUAUUAUUUACAUACUAAUACUGAGUUAAUCGAAAACGAAAAUGAAAACAAAAACAUACAUACAUAUCAACAAUUUACUGUUUACAAACUACUCACUGCUAGUUAAUUGUAUAAUUUGUACAACAAUUUUGUAUUAACAUACAUACAAACAAACAUAUUUGUAUGUAUGUAUUUUCAAUGUUCCGAUUUUUUACCUAUUUAUGUAAUAUCCGAACGUGCUGACUAUAGACCUCAUCCUAUAAUGUAUACCAAUCACGUUUUUCUAAUCAUAAUUAGAUGUUAUUUACAAUGUUAGUAUUUACUCGAUUUAAAAUAGCUGAUAAUAUGUAGUUUUUUGGCUUCGGUUGUUGCCCCUCGCCUCCAGUGGCACGUUCCUAUUUGAUGAUUGCGCAUGUCCACAGAGGCAAGUGCCGCUAGACACUGAAAGAAAACUUUAUGAAAGAUUUUUAAUCGUGGGACAACGGAUGAGUCCCGAGUAAGUUUUCGGCUUCCUCCACCUCUCUCGUCCCUGCGAUAAAAGUCGUUUCAAGUUUUUCUUUUUAGAAAAUUCUUUUUUCUAUCACUAGGUUAUUCUUACCUUAUUCCAGAGUGCGUCUAAGUAUCAAAUUGGGUCAUAUAUGUAUUGAGCAAACAAUUUCGGUUUGAAUUUUAAAUUUUGUUCUAUAUAUGAACUUGUACUUUUAAGUACUUUAUGUUUACUUUUUAUAUAUUAAUUUUUUUCUUUAUUCUACUACCCUUUACAGUAAAUAUUAACAUUGUAAAUUGCAUUAAAAUAAGUUAUAAUUGUUUACACUACUUAUUGAUUUUAUUUUGACUAAGUUUUUAUAAAUAUGUAUGUUUAUUGAUUUUACUGUAUACAUAUGUAUUUUGUUUUUGUAAUAUUCUGAUUUUCUUUAUCUAAUAUAAACAAUGUUAAAUUA